AUACAAAUACAAUACAAGAACCUCCGCCUCCGCCUCCGCCUCGGUGUUCAACGUUCGACCACCACUCCGCGAGCUAGAACGGUGAGCAAAGCCGUCUCCGCGCACGCAACGGCCGGCGACCACCGCAGGCGGCAUGGACAGGCUCGGCGCGAAUCCGGCCAACUCCUGCCCGCUCACGCCGCUGGGCUUCCUGGAGCGCACCGCCACCGUGUACGGCGACUGCCCCUCCGUCGUCUACCACGACACCGUCUACACCUGGUCCCAGACGCACCGGCGCUGCCUCCGCCUCGCCUCCGCGCUCGUCUCCCUCGGCGUCUCCCGCGGCGACAUCGUGUCCGUGCUGCUGCCCAACGUGCCGGCCAUGUACGAGAUGCACUUCGGGGUGCCCAUGAGCGGCGCCGUGCUCAACACCAUCAACACGCGCCUGGACGCGCGCACGGUCUCCGUCCUGCUCCGCCACGCCGGCUCCAAGCUCGUCUUCGCCGACCCGGCGAGCAUGCCGCUCGUCCGGGACGCGCUGAGUCAGCUCCCGCCGGGGCACCCGGCGCCGCGCGUCGUUCCCGUCGAGGACCCGCACGAGACGGAGUUCCCCGCGGCGGCGCCUGGGGCGCUGACGUACGAGGCGCUCCUCGACGGGGGUGACCCGGAGUUCGCGUGGGUGCGGCCAGCCAGCGAGUGGGACCCGAUGAUACUCAAUUACACCUCCGGCACGACGUCGGCGCCCAAGGGCGUGGUGCACUGCCACCGCGGCAUCUUCCUGGUCACCGUCGACGCGCUCGUGGAGUGGGCGGUGCCGCCGCGGCCGACGUACCUGUGGACGCUGCCCAUGUUCCACGCCAACGGGUGGUGCUUCCCGUGGGGGAUGGCGGCGGUAGGUGGCACCAACGUGUGCCUGCGCCGCGUGGACGCCGCCGAGGUGUACGACGCCAUCGCGCGGCGCGGGGUCGACCACCUCUGCGGCGCGCCCGUCGUGCUCAACAUGCUGGCCAACGCCCCGGACGCCGCCCGGCGGCCGCUCCCGGGUAAGGUGCGAAUCCUCACCGCCGGCGCGCCGCCACCUGCCGCCGUGCUGCACCGCACCGAGUCCAUCGGCUUCGAGGUCACCCACGGGUACGGGCUGACCGAGACGGCGGGGCUGGUGGUAUGCUGCGCGUGGAAGCGGGAGUGGAACAAGCUGCCCGCGUCGGAGCGCGCGCGGCUCAAGGCGAGGCAGGGCGUGCGCACGCCCGGCAUGAACGAGGUCGACAUCGUCGACGGCGAGACCGGUCGCAGCGUGCCUCGCGACGGGUCCACGAUGGGCGAGAUCGUGCUCCGCGGCGGCGGCGUCAUGCUCGGCUACCUCAACGACGACAAGGCCACGAGGGCGGCGAUACGGGACAACGGGUGGUUCUACACCGGGGACGUUGGCGUGAUGCACCCGGACGGGUACAUGGAGAUCCGGGACCGGUCCAAGGACGUGAUCAUCAGCGGCGGGGAGAACAUCAGCAGCGUGGAGGUGGAGUCCGUGCUCUACAACCACCCGGCGGUGAACGAGGCGGCGGUGGUGGCGCGGCCGGACGAGUUCUGGGGCGAGACGCCGUGCGCGUUCGUGAGCCUCAAGGAGGGGUCGGGCGCGGUGACCGCGGCGGAUGUCAUCGCCUGGUGCCGGGACCGCAUGCCGCACUACAUGGUGCCCAAGACGGUGGUUCUCCGCGCUGAGCUGCCCAAGACCUCCACUGGGAAGAUCCAGAAGUACGUGCUGCGGAACCUUGCCAAGGAGAUGGGACCCACCCGAAAGGGCGCCAGUAGCAGCAGCAGGAUGUAGGGCACUAACGCUAGUACUAGUGCUGUGCCGUCGUCUUGCUUGGCAUGGUCGCAUGGACAUGUCACAUGUGUCCUCUCUGCAGCUUGCCGUCGCAGCAUGGCGUUGGCUGGCAUCCAUUUUCUUGAGAUCAGCGAGCCCUCUUACCGAUUCUUGGAAAGGAUUUAUGAUAGGGAUACUACCGUUACAGCAGAUAUGUCUCCGUUUUAUCUUGUAGGGAGUGAAUAACAAAGUGAAUGGGUGUCAUUGAUAGUUUGAUACAGACGAUAUGUCUAUGGGUUCUCUUACCAAUCCUUAGAAAUGAUCCAACAGAUCCAUUACUUCUGUGUGUCUGUAUGAAGACGAAAGAAUCCUUAGAAAUGA